AUGCCUCUGCAUUAAAAAUGUUGUAAUUACAAGUAUGAUUGCAUUAAUUUUGCUCUUCAUCCUGCAGCAGGUGCAUGUUUUCAGAGCUAGGAGGAGCGCUUCUCUCUCCGUGGAUUAUCUGUCCAGCUCACACCCCCGCCCGCUCCUGUGACGCAGCGCAUCUUUGCGCGCAGAUACUGGAGUAGAAGCGACAGGAGCGCACGUCUCUGUGGAACUGAACGCACAGGAGACUGGAUACGGUGGAGACAAGAUCAGUCGGUUAUCAGCCGACAGGGAACCCCGGACCGUGGGGUAGGAUGCUCACAGCGCGUACACCCGUGGGCAGCAGAACUUAAAGAGCUGCGGUCCAUCCGUUGAAGCGCUUUAAGUCGAAAAUCUCCCUUCUGUUUGUGGAGAAACACAAAUCUGUCAGUGAUCGUCCAGUUGAAGUACCUGUGUGCAAUCUGAGGGUAGAUCGAGGUUCGCUUUAGAAACGAUGUGGAAACCCGGGACACUGCUGCUGCUGUCGCUUCUGUGGGCGUCCGGUGAACUCCAGCAGGAGACGGAGCAACGGAGGCUACCGCCUCCGGGAAAGUUGGAUUUCGGCUACGUGCCUGCGGGAGUUUAUGAGACCCUGGCCCAUUACGAACCCGGACCCAUAGGGAUCCUGUUCCAGCUGGUGCGCGCCUUCCUGCACGCGGUGCAACCCAACGCGUUUCCACACGAUCUUAUUGUCAAGCUGGCAAAGGACAAGUUUGGAGCCAUUCAAACCGAAUAUAAAAAGCCAGAGAAUAUAGUGCUGACCUUGCAGGCCAUCUACUAUGAGAUAGGCUUCCUCAUAUGUGCAGCGGUGGGCCUGCUGUUCGCCAUCCUCAUGCCAGUUGUGGGGCUCUUCUUCUGCAUGUGUCGCUGCUGCGACAACUGUGGCGGCGAGAUGCACCAACGCCAGAGGAAGAAUGCGGACUGCCGGCGUGGCCUGCUGGGGACAUUACUCUUUUCCACCUCAUUGGUCAUCACGAUUGGUGUUCUGUGUGCAUAUGCAGCCAACCAGAACCUGAGUUCUCAGGUGAAGAACAUACGGCGGCUGGUCAACAGCAACAUGAGAGACCUUCACACCUUUGCUAACGACACACCAAUGCAAAUCGAUUACCUAAUAUCCCAAUACGCCACCGCCAAGAACAAAGUCAUCUACGACCUAGAUAACAUAGGUCCAUUACUGGGUGGAAGGAUACAUGGACAAUUGGAUAAGGAGGUUCAUCCUGCUUUAAACCAAGUGCUUAAUAUGGCUGGAGCCAUGAGAGAAACCAAAGAGGCCCUGGAGAACGUCAGUGUUUCUCUGGUGGUCUUGCAGGAAGGAGAAAGAAAACUUCAUUUCAACCUGAGCCGAAUCCGCAACAGCAUCAACCGUACCCUCGAUGACCCUGGCUGCCUUGAUGAAGAAUCGGACGCCACCACAGCCCAGCUUUGCCGCAGCAUCCGCCAGUCUUUGUCCCAGCUGCAGAUUAGUGCAAAUUUCACCCGGCUCCCUGAUGUGAACCCUCAACUGGAAAAGAUGAAAAAUGUUGUGAAAACAGAUCUCAGCUCUGUUGUCCACAGGGGCUUCUAUGCUUUGAAUGACACCCCACACAUGGUCAUUGAACAGACCAGAGCUGUUGUCAUGAGCAUACAGAAUUUGGUGGGCAGCGUCGGUAACAACAUCACCAGUUUCUCCAAAGUUUUUCCAGUGCAGACAUGCCUGUCCAACUUCACCAUCUUCAUCAGCCAUGCACACGCCAAAAUUGAAGAUUACUAUCCUGAAAUUGAUCAAAUAGAUUUCUACAGAUGGAUUGGCUGUAUUGCUCUGUGCUGCAUGGUGGUUCUGGUCUUGGCCUUUAACUAUUUGGGCCUUCUGUGUGGCACUCUGGGAUACGACAAGCAUGCCUCACCUACAACACGGGGAUGUAUAUCCAAUACAGGAGGAACACUGCUCAUAGCCGGCGUUGGAUUUAGUUUCAUUUUCUCCUGGGUGCUGAUGGGGCUGUUGACUGCCAUGUUCCUGGCAGGAGGAAACAUGGAGAAACUCCUCUGUGAGCCGUUCCACACCAAAGAGCUCUUCAAGGUCGUGGACAGUCCGUAUUUGAUCAACCCAGAGUGGAAGAAUUUCAUCCCUGGCUACCUGUAUAAUGACUCUGAAUUAGAGCUGACGACAGAAAGCUUGUACAGCACUUGCAAAGAGAACAAAGGCAUCUACUCUGCCCUCCGCCUGGACAAAGUCUUCAACAUCUCCUCAUUCCUUAACACUACAGUGUUCACUAAGGAUGUGGUGCGCCAGCUGGAGAGCUUCCGGAUCGACCUGAGAGGAAUAAUCUUGUUAGAGUCAGAGGGGAAGCAAAACCUCCAAGAUUUCUCUGAAGCAGGCCUGUCAGAGAUUAACUACGCGGACUUCCUUGAAGAGGUUAAUAAAGGUGUCACUGUGGUGGAUGUUGUCUCGUUCGCCAAAGAGCUGGAGUCCCAGACAGACCUGAUGCCCAGGGGACGUCUGCAGACAGCUCUGAAAGGCCAUGUGGCCACUCUUCAGCGGAUCCACAGACAACAGAUAGCUCCAAUGGAGCAAGCCAUGAAAUAUGUUAGAGCAAGGAGUGCAUUAAACCAGAGUAUGAGAUUUCUGGAGAGGACAGCCUCUGAUCUACCAAAUAAAGUAACAGAUGUUCUUGAGGCCAUUGAAGCAGCUCAGCACCUUAUCUCUCACAAUGCAACACUUUUGAUCAAUCAGGAAACAAGAAAGUAUUCAGCAACCAUUAUUGGCUAUUUUAAUCAAUACAUAGAAUGGGUCAAAACAUCAUUGGCUUUGGAGGUCGCACCAUGCAAGCCUUUCAGCAACGUGUUGGAUACAGCGCAGAUCAUGACCUGUAGUUUCUUGGUGGAUUCAAUGAACACUUUCUGGAUGGGUCUGGGCUGCAGCACUCUAUUUUUGCUCCCAAGUGUAAUACUAGCGGUGAAACUAGCCAAGUACUACCGCAGGAUGGACACGGAGGACGUCUACGAUGAUAUGGAAAUUGGUAAUAAUGGUUAUCAUAUUGAGAGUUCACAAGGUGUUCCUAACCCUGUGAUGACAAGCGUUCCUACAUAUGAUACAAUGAACAGGUUCCCACGAGCCUCGGCACCUCCGAGGCACAUCGACUGGUGAUAGUCAGCUCUAGCUUGGCUCUUGAAAGGUACUGGAACACAAGACGGGGAAUCUGUCUCUAACAUUGACUUCCUCACACUUUUUCUCACAGCCAUCCUGCUGAAAUAGAGUCAACAAUCAUCUGUUUUUAGCUUAUCUUCUAUAUCUUUCAUUUUCUAACACUUAACGCCUGUCCACAGCUUGUUUUAGUGCUUUUUUCUGCUUGCUGAAAAACCAUCAUGGUGAGAAUGACUAAUUUUACAGUGAACUGUCAAUGCCUGUGAUUGUCGAAGUGUUUUAGAUAUGAGAAACCUUGAUUUUUAGCUGUUGCUACUUGUUUUUAACACAAACAUCUUGUGAAUGGUUUUGUUUAGUUAGCUCCUGAUAUUAGUAAGCCAGUAAAAUUAAUUUAGAUGUAGCUGCCUACCUUACAGCACCCUCUGGCAAAGUUCACAGUCUAAAAAUAAGUUUGUCUUUUAUUGCAGUUUAUCUUGCAACAAACACAAGAGUCACAAUGAAAAUAGAAAUUAAUAUUAAUUUUAAUAUUUAAUAAUUAAUAUUUAUUUAAAAAAAUCAUACAUUUCCUCUGAGCAAAUUAACUCAGUGAGGCGAAAUGUUUUGCGAUAUAAAAUACUAUUUACACUGAAUUACUGUUCCCUCAAAUAAU